AUGUUGAUCACACCAGCGUUCCAUAGCCGAACACGUAAAGGAAGCUCCAAGUCAGACUCACCAUCUUGGAUUACCGAUGUGUUUUCUUCUUCCUCAAUAUCUUCCGAAUCGUCAGACUUUGGCUCUCCCUUGGCCUUCAAAGGAUCGGCCUUGAACAACUCCUUAGCAGUGGUCAGCUCAAACAGCUCAGCAAACGAGUCGUUAAUUUGGUUCCAUUGGGUUUCGCUAAAUUUGGACAGAUUAUCCAAAAUCAGCUCCUUCAAACACGAGAUACCAAUCUUGGAAAUGGUUUCGUUUUGCUGA